CCUGCGAUUUGAUUUCCGAUUUAUCAGGUUUUCUUUGGGUGUGGUGUGGUGUAUAGAUUUUUUUCUCUCUAUAUUUUCUGGAAUUCUUGGCCCACUCUUCUCCCUCUUCUUCCAAACUCCCUUUUUGCUUGGGAUUUUGUCUUUCGGUGGCUUUGCGUGCACUGCUCCUCCAUUCUUCACCGGUCCCUAAUCUAUGGUUGCAAAAUCUAAGCACGCUGUCUUCUGGGUCUUUCGAUUCUCAUGGAACAUUAAGUGGGUUUAGAUUAAAUCGCAUCUACAGAUUGUGUUUUAUGGGGAAUCUAAAGGAGAUUGAUUAGCUCAAGUUAGAGGUGGAUAACUUCAUACCUUACAAUUGUCACCAGAAAUGUCGUCUGGGAAUUUAGAUGCAGAAUUAUCGAAGAAGACUUCAAUUGUGGGUCUUAAACUAUGGGUUGUGAUCUGCCUUUCUGUUGGUGUGUUUAUUUGUAUGUUUCUCUGUCUCUUAUCAAUGUGGGUCACAUGUCAAAGGAAAUCUCGAAGAAGAUUAGACAAAUAUCCCCUUUCCCAGAUACCAAAUGUCCCAAAAGAUAUCAGAGUUGAUAGAGUUGGAGGUCCACAUUUUCAUAGUCAUAGUAAUCGUGAACACCCAUCAACGACAACUAAUGAUGAACCAAGUGGUAAGAAUUCUGGAAAGAUGCUAUUCCAACUUGCAGUGAGCAAAUCUGGUGAUGCUGAUAACGUAAGUCAGAGCAGUUCAAUGUAUGAAAAGGGGGGCAGGUCACAAUCAGGGGAAGAAGGAACUUCUGGGACUGUUUGGAAGCAGUCUUCACAGUCUCAUGGACCUGGAAUGGCGUCUCCUUUUAUUGGUUUACCUGAAGCCUCACAUCUAGGGUGGGGACAUUGGUUUACGCUGAGAGACCUCGAGCUAGCAACACGGCGUUUCUCCAAAGAAAAUGUGGUUGGGGAGGGCGGAUAUGGGAUUGUAUAUAAGGGCACCUUGAUCAAUGGGACUGUCGUAGCAGUGAAGAAGCUACUUAACAAUCUGGGACAGGCAGAGAAAGAAUUUAGAGGUGAAGUGGAUGCUAUAGGACAUGUUCGCCACAAGAAUCUCGUGCGGCUUCUAGGGUACUGCAUAGAAGGAACCCAUAGGAUGCUUGUUUAUGAAUAUGUGGACAAAGGAAACCUGGAACAAUGGCUUCACGGACAGGAAUAUGGUGUCCUUACUUGGGAAGCUCGCAUGAAGGUGCUUCUUGGUAUUGCAAAAGCGCUUGCUUACUUACAUGAAGCUAUAGAACCAAAGGUUGUGCAUCGAGACAUCAAAUCUAGCAAUAUUUUGAUUGAUCGUGAAUUCAACGGCAAGCUUUCUGAUUUUGGAUUGGCCAAGCUUUUGGAUUCAGGAGAAAGUCAUGUAAAUACCAGAGUAAUGGGGACAUUUGGUUAUGUGGCUCCAGAGUACGCUAACACCGGCAUGUUAAACGAAAAGAGUGAUAUUUAUAGUUUUGGUGUGCUCCUUCUGGAAGCAGUUACUGGAAGGGAUCCGGUGGAUCACAACCGCUGUGCUAAUGAGGUGAAUCUUGUUGAGUGGCUCAAAAUGAUGGUGGGAAAUAGAAGAGCAGAGGAAGUUGUAGACCCAAACCUUCAACCCAAACCCUCGACUCAUGCUCUAAAACGUGCACUUCUGGUGGCGCUUAGAUGUGUCGAUCCUGAAUCUGAGAGACGACCUAAAAUGAGUCAGGUUGUGAGAAUGCUUGAUGCAGAUUUCCCAUAUCGUGAGGAACGGAGGAACAGGAAGAGCCGCACGGCCAGCAUGGACAGUGAAUCCAUGGGUGGUUCUGCUGACAUAGAACGCCCGCCAGAAAUCUGACUGGAUCCUUUCAACAGAUUAACAGAAACCGUUAACGGGUUGAAAUAUGAUCAUUCUUGGUAGAUUUUACUAGCAAGGGUGAGUGAUGUAAAACCGAAAAUCAAUGGAAGAAGAUGUAAAUCACAUGACAAGCCUAAACAAGAGACAAGGUUUCUUUCAUUUUCUUCUUUUUGUGUUGAUAAUAAUCUAAGAUGAAUGAAGUUUUUGGUUCUCAUAUUUUUCUAAUUCAGGUUGGAUGGACAACCCAUUUGUGUCUGUAACAGUCUUGUUUAAUAGACAGGUCUUACUGUUUGUGUGA